GGAAGGGAGAACUGUCCGGCUCCUCCGGUCGAGGGGAGAAAUUUGUCGGGAUUUGACUGGUGCAAGAUGGUUGAACUUGUAAUAAAGGGGAAAGCAGCACAGACCGGAGGUGAAUGCACCAAUGAGGAGUGAUUCGAGCGCGUGGUGGGCUUAUCUGCUAUUACGCAAUUCUGACUCCUACAAGGCGAAAAGAUUGACAAAACCCAGAGAAACUGCUCAUGGGUUCGACAUUCCCCUUCAUGUGCGACUGGACGAGAGCGAGGGCGUGCCGCUUAGGUAUACGGGGACGUGGAUAGCGGAAGAAGUGUUCCUGUGGACAAUGAUCUUAGAGGUUGGAAAGGCGAGCGGAGCUAGGCAGGUGGGGGCAAUCGGGCAUCUUGUAUUCGGCAGGUCGCAGGAGCUCGAGAUAGGGCUAACACUUGUCGGCGUUGGUCGGAACUGGUGGAGGUACGUAGCUUUAGCGAGAGCUAUCGUGAUUAGGAAGGUGACCCGUAUGGGCUUCACAAAUGCGUUUGCCGAAGCGCGACGGAGAAUGCUCGCCGUAGCCAUGGACAUGUUCCCAGAGAAGUGUGAGCCCUACAUCGAAAGCAAUCCGAUCAAAGGCAAGCAAGAGAAGGACGAGACAAAAGUCCAUCCAGGAAUCCGAAGAUUUGUAUGGGACCAUCUACAGGACAUCAAGGACUUACUCCGUCGUUUCCUAGUGUACAACAUCACGGCUAGUGGACCAAAGAGUAUUCUAGCAGUACCAAAAGUAACCAUACUAGGAUUUCGCUGCGGCGCAUACGGCAGGAAGCCAGAUCCGGCAAAGACGGACAAAAUAUCACAGUGGCCAACGCCCCUGCGCACGACGACGGAGUUCAAGAAGGAGGUCCUAGCCAUCACGCAUUGCCUCAAGCCCUUCCAGGCCUACCUAUUUGGGAGGCGGUUCAUCCUUAGGCAGUUCGAUUACAAAAUCAAACGAAUUGCGGGAAUUAGGAACAAGGCCGAUGGACUGAGUCGGGUCUGCAUCACUCCCGAAGGGAUGGAGGAGGCAGAGCCCAUAGACGCAUUCCUUGAGUACAAAGGAGGAACUCUUGCAGUGGAUAACGAAACGAUGAGCGAAGACUGCGAGUCGGGAGAGCUGUUGAUCCGGACUUUGGAGAAAGGGGCACCUGCCGUAGUAGCAAAAUUUAGAGAAGGACCAGUCACCACUCGAGGUCGCAAAGAGGAGAAAGAUUCGUGGGGAGCGACAGUAGGACCGAAGGACGAACUAAUAGCAAUGGUGAGGGAGGUCGAGAAGCCGUGAUGAGCUUAGUGGAGUCUUGGGAAAGGAAAGAGUUGCGAUGGAUGGUAAACCAAAUGCAGGAGACAAAGGACGAGGACCAGGAAAGGAAGGAGUUUUUCUAUGCCCAGGAAAGGAAGGAAUCUUUCGGGAGAUCGGGUUGUUGCUAAUAGGAAACAAACAGCCCAUGGAAGU